AUGAGAGCCUUCGCCAUUGCCGCCGGCCUUCUGAGCCUGCUCUCCCCGGUCAUCGCAAGCUCCGAUUCGAGUGCGGCAGACAAGGUGUCGGAAGUCAACCUGCCCACCAACUUCAAGCCGCCCCAGGUCUUCAAGAACGUCAACCUUGUCCACAUCGUCUCUUUGGAGAAGAACUACGUCAAGGAGUCCAUCAAUGUCUUGAUUGAGAACAUUGACAAGCAACCUCAAGAUGAAUACUAUCUACCCUUUACCCCCAAUCAGAUGUCGCGUAUCGGAGGCUUCGAAACCAAGGACAGAAAGAACCCCGAAACUGGUCUGUUUGCCGUCGACGCCGUCGAGAUCGAACCCCUGAGUGAGACUCAGUACUUCAAGAUCCGGCUCCCUACGCCCUUGAAGGCAGGCGGCCAGCAGACUCUGAGCAUCUCCUACUACUUGCUCCGGGCCUACAAUCCUCUCCCUGCGUCGAUCGCCCAAGACGAGCAACAGUACCUCGCCUACGACUUCUCCGUGUACGCGCCAUCGGCCUACGUCACCUCGAAGCAGAAGACCGAGGUCAAGUCCCACUCGUCCAACAUUCCCGACUACACAAGGUUCCCCGGAAGCGGAGACAUCAAGGAGUUCCCUCAGAAACAGGGAGCCAAGCUCGUCUACGGUCCCUUUGACGAAAAGCCCGCUGGCGCAGUUGCUGCUGCCCAGGUGCGGUUUGAGUUCACCAAGCCCGUCACGCAUGUCGCCAGGCUCGACCGCGACAUCGAAGUCAGCCACUGGGGUGGAAAUGUGGCAUUCGAGGAGCGAUACGAGCUCUACCACCGCGGCGCGAACCUGUCCAAGCUUUUCAACCGAGUCAAGUGGGCGCAGGCGCAGUACUACAACCCCAACACGUACGCCCUCAAGGAAUUGAAGUUCCCAUUGAAGGUCGGAAGCGCCGAUCCUUACUUUGUCGAUGUCAUCGGCAACGUCUCUACAUCGAAGUUCCGCAGCAACAAACGUGAGGCUCUUUUGGAGAUCAAGCCGCGCUACCCUAUCUUCGGUGGCUGGAAGUACCCCUUCACCAUUGGCUGGAACUCGGACGCCAAGAACUUCGUGCGUACUGUCGAGGCUGGCAAAUACGUUAUCAACGUCCCCUUCUUGGAGGGUCCCAAGCAGCCCGAGGGCGUCGAGUAUGGCCAGGUCAACCUGCAGAUCCUUCUGCCAGAGGGAGCAACAAAUGUCAAGUUCUACACCAGCCUUCCCCAGUCCGCCAUCACGGACACGGCCAUCGGUGUCCACAAGACGUACCUCGACACUGUCGGUCGCACGUCUGUCACCAUCAAGGCGAACAACCUAGUCGACGAGUUCCGUGACCGGGAAGUGAUUGUUUCGUACGAGUACUCGGUGGUCUCGGCCCUGCGGAAGCCCAUUGUCAUCUUUAGCAGCACAGUUGUUCUGUUUGUCGCCGCGUGGCUCGUUGGAGGUCUGAACCCCAAGAUCUCAAGCAAGAACUAG